AUGCCCUGGAACUGCUUUUGCUGUUGCAGCGUCUCUCAAGAUCAAGAGGAACCAGCUGAGACCAGUAGGGUGCACAAGAAUAGGGAUUACCCGUGGGAUAUAUAUUCCCUCAAGGACCUUCUUCAUGCCACAAACAGCUUCCACCAUGACAACAAAAUUGGAGAAGGAGGGUUUGGAAGUGUUUAUUGGGGUCGAACAAGUAAAGGCGUCGAGAUAGCUGUGAAACGACUAAAGACGAUGAGUGCAAAGGCAGAGAUGGAGUUUGCAGUGGAAGUUGAAAUACUCGGAAGGGUGAGGCAUAGAAACUUGUUAGGCCUGCGGGGAUUUUAUGCCGGUGGUGAGGAAAGGCUCAUAGUGUACGAUUACAUGCCUAAUCAUAGCUUGAUCACCCAUUUGCAUGGCCAACUUGCAGCAGAUUGCCUUCUUGAUUGGCCAAGACGAAUGAGCAUCGCCAUUGGAUCAGCUGAAGGUCUAUCGUACCUGCAUCAUGAGGCCAAUCCUCAUAUAAUUCACAGAGACAUAAAGGCCAGCAACGUGCUUCUAGACACUGAAUUUAAAGCAAAAGUCGCUGAUUUUGGAUUUGCAAAGCUGAUCCCGGAUGGUGUAACUCAUCUGACUACUAGGGUAAAGGGAACUCUUGGAUAUCUAGCUCCUGAAUAUGCCAUGUGGGGUAAAGUUUCUGAGAGCUGUGAUGUUUACAGCUUUGGGAUUUUGCUCUUAGAAAUAAUUAGCGGAAAAAAGCCGAUAGAGAAACUCCCCGGCGGAGUGAAACGUGACAUUGUUCAAUGGGUCACCCCUUAUGUCCAAAAGGGUUUAUUUAAUCAAAUUGCAGAUUCAAGGUUGAAGGGCAAGUUUGAUCGAGAACAAGUUAAGUCGACGGUCCUGAUUGCCAUGAAAUGCACUGAUAACAGUUCUGAUAAUCGACCCACCAUGGUAGAAGUGGUGGCUUGGCUUAAGGGUGGUAUAAGAAGAAGGAAAAAAGAGAUCACAAAUCAUGUGGAGGAGACUGAGGAUGAAGAAGAAGUAUACGACGAAACCGACACCGAUCAUGAAAAUUAUGGUAUGGAGCAAUCUGAUACCAGAAAGAAUAUUACAAGGGCUAGAUCACAAAGGAGAUGA